AUGCUUAUGCAGAUUGUGCUGGUAAGGUCCAACUCCGAGUUCAACUCCGAGACCAACUCCGAGCCCAACUCCGAGCCCAACUCCGAGCCCAACUCCGAGCCCAACUCCGAGCCCAACUCCGAGUCCAACACAAAGUCCAACACCGAGUCCAACUCCGAGUCCAACUCCGAGUCCAACUCCGAGUCCAACUCCGAGUCCAACUCCGAGUCCAACUCCGAGUCCAACUCCGAGUCCAACUCCGAGUCCAACUCCGAGUCCAACUCCGAGUCCAACUCCGAGUCCAACUCCGAGUCCAACUCCGAGUCCAACUCCGAGUCCAACUCCGAGUCCAACUCCGAGUCCAACUCCGAGUCCAACUCCGAGUCCAACUCCGAGUUCAACUCCGAAUCCAACUCCGAAUCCAACUCCGAAUCCAACUCCGAAUCCAACUCCGAAUCCAACUCCGAGUCCAACUCCGAGCCCUCGUCCAACUCCGAGUCCAACUCCGAGUCCAACUCCGAGUCCAACUCCGAGUCCAACUCCGAGUCCAACUCCGAGUCCAACUCCGAGUCCAACUCCGAGUCCAACUCCGAGUCCAACUCCGAGUCCAACUCCGAGUCCAACUCCGAGUCCAACUCCGAGUCCAACUCCGAGUCCAACUCCGAGUCCAACUCCGGGUCCAACUCCGAGUCCAACUCCGAGUCCAACUCCGAGUCCAACUCCGAGUCCAACUCCCCCAACUCCGAGCCCAACUCCGAGCCCAACUCCGAGCCCAACUCCGAGCCCAACUCCGAGUCCAACUCCAAGUCCAACUCCGAGUCCAACUCCGAGUCCAACUCCGAGUCCAACUCCGAGUCCAACUCCGAGUCCAACUCCGAGUCCAACUCCGAGUCCAACUCCGAGUCCAACUCCGAGUCCAACUCCGAGUCCAACUCCGAGUCCAACUCCGAGUUCAACUCCGAAUCCAACUCCGAAUCCAACUCCGAAUCCAACUCCGAAUCCAACUCCGAAUCCAACUCCGAGUCCAACUCCGAGCCCUCGGCUUCUCGGCUUCUCGGCUCUUCCAACUCCGGGUCCAACUCCGAGUCCAACUCCGAGUCCAACUCCGAGUCCAACUCCGAGUCCAACUCCGUAUCCAACUCCGUAUCCAACUCCGUUUCCAACUCCGAGUCCAACUCCGAGUCCAACUCCGAGUCCAACUCCGAGUCCAACUCCGUAUCCAACUCCGAGUUCAACUCCGAGUCCAACUCCGAGCCCAACUCCGAGCCCAACUCCGAGCCCAACUCCGAGCCCAACUCCGAGCCCAACUCCGAGUCCAACUCCGAGUCCAACUCCGAGUCCAACUCCGAGUCCAACUCCGAGUCCAACUCCGAUCCAACUCCGAGUCCAACUCCGAGUCCAACUCCGAGUCCAACUCCGAGUUCAACUCCGAAUCCAACUCCGAAUCCAACUCCGAAUCCAACUCCGAAUCCAACUCCGAAUCCAACUCCGAGUCCAACUCCGAGCCCUCGGCUUCUCGGCUUCUCGUCCAACUCCGGGUCCAACUCCGAGUCCAACUCCGAGUCCAACUCCGAGUCCAACUCCGAGUCCAACUCCGUAUCCAACUCCGUAUCCAACUCCGAGUCCAACUCCGAGUCCAACUCCGAGUCCAACUCCGAGUCCAACUCCGUAUCCAACUCCGAGUUCAACUCCGAGUCCAACUCCGAGCCCAACUCCGAGCCCAACUCCGAGCCCAACUCCGAGCCCAACUCCGAGCCCAACUCCGAGUCCAACUCCGAGUCCAACUCCGAGUCCAACUCCGAGUCCAACUCCGAGUCCAACUCCGAUCCAACUCCGAGUCCAACUCCGAGUCCAACUCCGAGUCCAACUCCGAGUUCAACUCCGAAUCCAACUCCGAAUCCAACUCCGAAUCCAACUCCGAAUCCAACUCCGAAUCCAACUCCGAGUCCAACUCCGAGCCCUCGGCUUCUCGGCUUCUCGUCCAACUCCGAGUCCAACUCCGAGUCAAACUCCGAGUCCAACUCCGAGUCCAACUCCGAGUCCAACUCCGUAUCCAACUCCGUAUCCAACUCCGUUUCCAACUCCGAGUCCAACUCCGAGUCCAACUCCGAGUCCAACUCCGAGUCCAACUCCGUAUCCAACUCCGAGUUCAACUCCGAGUCCAACUCCGAGCCCAACUCCGAGCCCAACUCCGAGCCCAACUCCGAGCCCAACUCCGAGCCCAACUCCGAGUCCAACUCCGAGUCCAACUCCGAGUCCAACUCCGAGUCCAACUCCGAGUCCAACUCCGAGUCCAACUCCGAGUCCAACUCCGAGUCCAACUCCGAGUCCAACUCCGAGUCCAACUCCGAGUCCAACUCCGAGUAA